AUGGCUCUUCGUGCACUCCUGGCUACGGCCACGAUCUUCGUCGGCCUGGCCAAUGGCCUUGCUGAUACCGACACAAUCACCUGGGGAGGUGAUAACUCGAGAGCAGGCUAUCAAACGAAUCACAAUAUGGAUCCGUCAAUUGUUGGUAGCAACCAGUUCGGUCAAAUCUUCAGAACAAAGCUGCCAGGAGUAUGGGUUGGUCAACCGGAACAAGUCUUCUCACAGCCACUUGUCUAUACGCCCAAAGGCAGCGACAAGCAAUUCGUGUACUUUGCGACAACCCAGAACAACGUUUAUAAACUCGAUGCGAAAACCGGCGAAAUACUCAAGUCGCGCAACCUUCAUAUUCCCUUUCUGACUGCCGAUCUUGACGGCUGCGUCGACAUUAACCCGACAAUUGGCAUCACUGCGACUGGUGUUAUUGACCCCGACACAGAUACUCUGUACUUGACGGCCAAGACCUAUGUCGAUCAGACGCUUGGUGAAAAGGCCCAAGGCAAACCGGCUGGUCGAUACUACGUUCAUGCCCUUGAUGUGAACGAUCUUUCCGAGCGCCCCAAUUUCCCCAUCAAUCUCGAAGGCCUCAUUGCUAGCAACACCAAUGAGCGCAUGUUCCAAGGUGGCAUCCAUCACCAGCGUCCAGGUUUGCUGCAUACUGGCAACUUCAUCUAUGCUGGUUUCGCAUCGCACUGCGUGCAGUAUAACUUCACGGGUUGGAUCAUCGGCUGGGACAAGACGUCCGGAAAAAUUGUCGAGAAAUGGGCAACCGAAGGUGAAGGCGUCCCAAAUACCAUCAAGGGUGGCGGUAUUUGGAUGUCUGGCGGAGGUAUUGCCUCUGAUGAUAAUGGCUCCAUCUUCCUUGCGACAGGAAAUGGUUAUGCCUCUCAGCUGGCUGAUGUGCCGGUCAACGGCUUCAACCCGCCCACAUCGUUGGAAGAGGCCGCGCUCCACAUGACCAUUAAUGCGGAUGGUAGUCUGCGGCUGGUCGAUUUCUUCAUGCCUUGGGAGAAGCGAGCGCUGGAUGGUGCAGAUAAAGAUCUUGGAACGAGUCCCUUGGAGAUUUUGCCUAGCCAAUUUUCGUGCGGAGCCAUCAAACGCAUUGGUGUCGUAACGGGAAAGAGCGGCAAGACGUACUUUCUCAAUCUGGACAACUUGGGCGGCUACAAGAACGGCAAAGACGGUCUCGACGACGUUAUUCAGGUUUACGAAAACCUGAACUCUGUUUACGCCGGCGCUGGUGUCUAUCCCUUGGAAGGCGGAUAUAUCUACAUCAACGUUAUACAGCACCCGUCAAUUGUCUUCAAGUUCUCCUGCGCUAAUGGUCGCCCUUCCUUCUCCAAGGUUGCUGAGACGCCCACGAACAAUGCUUAUAUUCUUGGAGUCAGCCAUGGCACAACUACUUCGCUCAAUGGGCAACCUGGAACUGGUCUUCUCUGGAUCACGGACGUGCAGGGCCUCAACCUUCGAGUUUAUGAUGCGGUGCCUCAGGGCGGGACCAUGAAUCUAAUCCAGUCUUUCAGCAUUCCCGGCGUCACCAAGUUUACCCGACCUGUCUUCGGUAAUGGUAUCGUCUAUGUCGGCACUACUCAAGGCUACGUUUAUGGGUUUGGCUCCCCGGUCAACGUCCCUCUCAAUUGCACGUCACCGGUGGAUUUCGGUGGCGUCAACAUGAAGAAUACUAGCAUCGCCAAACCAGUUACUUGCAAGGCGCUGAUUGGGGUUACCGUGACAGGCAUUGAACUCAACGACGUCAACACCAAAGAUUUCAGCAUCUCUGAUUUGCCGAAUCUGCCUCUGGAGCUUGCUGUUGACCAGACUUUUACCGUCAAUGCCAAAUUCUCGCCUUCCAAAGUUGGUCUGCAAUCCAGCGAUAUCGUUGUUAACACUACCAACUCUGCGGCCGGAUACAGUACUGGCACUCAUGCCCGGCUUACUGGUACUGGCCAGAGCGCAGGGCCUCUUUUGGAUGUCACGCCCGUCAUCCUCACAUUCAAGAAAGCUGUCACUGGAGAGGACCCCACGGGAGUUUCGGAGAGCAUUCUUGCGUCCAACUUAGGCAAUGGACAGCUUACCGUCCAGUCUGUGCUCUAUUCGACCACCAGCACCGACGGCCCAUUUGAGGCUUGGAACGGCCAAGGAGAUUUGGUUGUGGGCAAGUUCAGACUUCAGCAGCUCCCAUCUACCAUUGCACCCAACUCGGUAGCCACGGUCAACAUCCAGUUUGACACAUCUGAAAGUGGUACCUACUCUUGCUACAUCAAGUUCGUUUCCGACGGGGGCAACAAAACGGUCUCCAUGGCAGCGUCGGCAGGCCCUGCGCCCAAAGCUUUGCUCGAGUUCCAAACGUCUGAUGCCACUGGUUGGGUCACAUACAAGCCUGGCACGCCCUUCAGCUUUGGCAAUGUGACCGAAAAUACUUCCAAAUCGCUCAAGUUUCGAGUCACAAAUAGUGCUGCUUCCGGUGCGGUUCCUCUGUCACUGACUGUGUCAAAACCACCCUUCGGUGUUGCUGGACUUGUCAGAGCCUUGAACCAAGUCGAUCUUGCCGAGGGCACAUCCCUCGGAGCAGGCGAAAGCGCCAAUGCCACGCUCAUAUGCAAUGUGCCAUAUGCUCAAUGGAACACUGCACCGUAUAAUGGCACAGCGCAGUGGACCAUGAACACCAAUGAUCCUACCUUUGAGAAGCAGUUUAUUCAAUUCUUCUGCAAUGCCGUCGCCGAACAGGCUCCACCGCUUCUGCCAAAUGGCCAAGGCCAAUUCAAGUAUGUUGGUUGCUACAAGGACAACACUCCAGAUCGCCAGUUACCUCAGCAAAUUCUCGCCACGGAUACCAUGACCAAUGCGGAUUGUAUCAAUGCCUGCAACGAGAAAGGCUACAUUUUCUGCGGCACACAGUACCACCGCGAAUGUUGGGCGGGCAAUACUAUUCCUCUCGAAAAAGUUGAUGAAGCCAAUUGCAACUUCUACUGCUUGGGAGCUCUGAAACAGAUCUGUGGUGGAAACGGAAACAACAAUGACGGCACUUACAUGUCAGUGUUUGGCGAUACCCUCAAGUGGGACGGCAACACAACGAAACCCACAACUCCCCCUGGACCGGUAGUUAACCCCGGAGUAUCGGGGUAUAAGAGCAUUGGCUGCUACACUGAGGCAACAGACGGUCGUGCGCUGAGCCACGGGAUCGGCACUGAUAAGAAGACGGUGAAGAAUUGUGUUGAUGGCUGUAAGGCUGGCAACUACAUGUAUGCUGGUGUAGAAUAUGGAGGCGAGUGUUGGUGCGGUAGCGAGCUUUCUGCCGGUGCAGUUCCCGCUCCCGACAAGGAGUGUAGCAUGACUUGCAAUGACAACUCAACCGAGUAUUGUGGUGGCCCCUCUCGUCUCAAUGUGUAUCAACUUGACGUCGGUAACACCACAACCACAACUUCAACGCCAGUUUCAACACCCAUUUCAACACAAGAUUCAACCUCAACGCCGAUCACUCCAACAAUUUCCACUGCUCCAUCCACCCCUACGCCCACUGGUCCAGUCAAGAAGGCAAAGGUCGGAAAUUGGAAUUACCAGGGUUGCUGGACGGAAGCAACGAAUAGCCGUGCGCUCAAUGACCGCAUGAAUGCAGAUGACACGAUGACACUCGAGUUGUGCGCCAAAUUCUGCGAUGGCCUAACAUACUUUGGCGUAGAGUACGGACGAGAAUGCUACUGUGGCAACGAGCUGCAGGCAGGCAGUGUCAAAGCUGACAACCAGGACGACUGCAACUUCCCAUGCCCUGGCGAUCCAACGGAAUUUUGUGGUGCUGGCGUAAGACUGGAGCUUUACAAAUAUGCGGCACCUAACUCUUCAUCUACCUCGUCCAGUGCCUCUCCUGGUGGUGAGAACGGUCAACUCCCUACAACAUCAGCCCUUACAACCCCCUCGGCGACCGAGCCGGCUGUGAUUACUUCUAGCCCAGUUGAUUCCGCGGCUAGUUCAGCGACCGAUUCGCCCACAUCAACUGACACCUCUUUGCCGGACAAUUCAUCUACACCCGCUGCAAGCACAAACCUCGAAAGCACCUCAGACGUACCAUCAUCUACUGAGACCACAACAGCAGCAGCUACGCCAACUCCCACGGGGCCAGUUAUCUCUGAGGGCAACGCCAACUUCACUUACUACGCUUGUGUGGCGGAGCCAUCAGUCGGCCGGCUUCUUGACAACCAAGUUCUCAACGCGGACAACAUGACGAUUGAGAUGUGCCUUGGCAACUGCUACAAAUACAACUAUGCAGGUGUUGAAUACGGCCGAGAAUGCUGGUGUGGUGAUGCAUUGAAUUUGGCUGGUGGUGAAGGGGGCAACCCUGGAAAGAACGUUACCGACACGGAGUGUGACUUCUUAUGCCCUGGCAACAGCACGGAAUACUGUGGCGCUGGGGUAAGACUCAGUCUGUAUUCUCACAGAAAUAUAACAAAGAGACUGGACUGGUCGAUCCUUUGA